AUGGCCCCAAAGAAGAAGCAAAAAAAUGCAAAGGCAGCCGGGAAGUCUCCAAAGGUCCAGAAAAAGACAAGUCACAAUCGAGGCAGGAAAGGCGGUAGCCCUUCGAAGGGCUCUACAGCAGGAACCACUACGGCCUUCCAAGGAGCAGAUGGCGACGCCUGUGCGUCCUACCGAGCCUCGUUACAGGAAUCCGAAAGGGAGAAAAACAAUUUUUUCGCGAGCAUUGGUAACGCUAUCGAAGUGUUUUAUAUCGAUCACAAAACCCUUUCAGACGCUGACAAACUGUGCUUGGCUAUCCUUUGCGUCACCGAGGCAAUCAGUGUGAAAGGAAGAUUCAAAUUCGCCAUCUACGAUGCCUGGAAGUUCACUACGCACUUCCAAAUGAUUGACGCUCCUGAGUCUGACUUUGAUCCCGGUUUUCGAGGCUUCAGUGUCCGCCGUCCCGAUCGUCCUAUAUAUAUACCUUACGUCGCUAUGGACCUCCAAGAACUUAACGGAAACAUGGUGCAAGGCACUGAUGGUCAUCACGUACUGGCGGUAGCCCAUGCUGAGCAAGACUCUAUUCAGUUUGCCUUCUAUGACAGCUCGCCUACUAUGCUACUGAACGAGCGCGAUGAGAUCGCAGAGAGAGCGUCGAGGGUCUUAGCCAACAAUUGGCCGGACCGGGAGAUCGAGGAGUUCGAUCACCAGUGGCCGCCUGUAAUGGGUCAAAAGGGCUGCACUUGCGGCUUACACGUCAUCAUCAACGCCUGGAUUCUCGCCUUGGGCCUCGAGCCGUCCAAACGCCAGCCAAAACGGAAGGCCGGCGAAACCGAGACGCUUUACAGAGAUGCCUCGCGCCUCAUCAGCUGCGCGGUGCACGGCCUUGCGAAAUACGACACCAUCUUGGCCUUUCUCCGCUGCUGGAAAUUCGUGGACGGCGGAUCGCAGGAGCCUCCCGAGGAACGGAGGUUCGAUAUGACAUUCCCACUCCACACCAACGCGGGCUUGACUCAGUACGUGGAAAAUCUGAGAGUGGCCGAGGAGAGCCAGAGGAACAAGUCGGCAGUGGCCGCUCCCUCAGGUCCAGGCGGCAAGUCGGGUCCAGGCCAGUCUGUGCAUUCGGAGGCCGCUCCCUCAGGUCGAGGCGGCAAGUCGGGUUCAAGUCAUUCUCUGCGUCCAGGCCAGUCUGCGCAUCCGAACAAACCUCCUAGUCGUCAUUCCACCUCGAAGACUCAUUCACGCUCCGACUACGAUGAUGUCCGAGAGGGGAAAGUGAAUCUAGAGACGUAUUUGGGGCUGGAUGACGGUCUGGAUGACGGUCUGGAUGGCGGUCUGUAUGACGGUCUGGAUGGCGGACUGGAUGGCAGUAUAGAUGACGGUCUGGAGGAGGGAUGGGAGAAUGCAGACAUGGACGAGGUGAAUAGGGAGUUAGGCCUUGAGAGCUCUUCGGAUUCAAAUGAGGCUCCGGGGUUGAACAAGCCUUCGGAGUCGAAUGAGCGUCCCAAACUGGGAAGGAUUUUUACUUUAAGCGAUACUUCUAGUUCAAACCACUCCAGCAACGAGGAAACCCAAACUUCUCCAGACGAAUGGGCCCUCGCCUUUUGGCCUUCUAUGGCGGAAACCCAUAGUUGCCAGUUCUUAUCGACACGCUUGAAGACGCUGAACGAAAUCCUGGAGCUCAAAGAAUCUGAGCAUGCGGAAAAGAUCGGGAUGCAACUCAAGCAUCCAAUCUCUCGGAUGAUGCUUUGGGCUUGCAUAGCUUCAGUCACCGAGGCUAUCAGCUUGAACGGCUAUCAAACGGAGAUUUACCUUGGCCCACAGAUCGCCGGUGAUGGGUUGGAAGAUCGCGAAUGCACUGCCCAGAGCUUCAGCUUGAGGGACUUGACCCAGCAUCAGCAGCAAAGGGCAGAAAUGGCCGUGGCGCAAAUGAAGGAAAGACGGAGAAAACAACGGGUUCAGAAGAAGGCUUUUUCGUAUUACGACUACAACCUCUUGGAUGAAGCACGCCGCAAAACCAUGUCUGGCAACAACGGCCUUGCUCUACGCCCUCGAGAGCCCAUUUUCAUCCCACUGGACUGGUGCCACCUCGUCUAUGCCACCGCGCGGUACGUAGAUAACGCCACCGACCCCAUCCCGGAGGUGACGCACUACUGGACGGAAGACCGAUCCCGCCCCGGUCUCCCAAUCGGCCAACGCAGACGAAGCCUCGAGGCAACCGCGGAAAGCGUGCUCCGCAACAUGCGCUGGUGGAGAGACCCCAGCGCCGAAGACGCCAACAACAACGAGAACGACACCGACACCGACACCGACGAAGCCACCACCACCACCACCACCUUCGAACACACCUGGCGCCCCAUGACGCCCGUCGACCCCAACCUCGUCCUGCCCCCCAACCAAGCCCGCGAAAUCCCCACCCUCCACCUCCUCCUCACCGCCUGGACCCUCGCCCUCGGCCACCAGCCCCCCUCGACCGUCCCCCCCAUCGCCACCGCCCACCGCCUCCACUACGACCGCGCCCAGACGCUCCUCACCCUCGCCGCCCACGGCCUCGCCGACGCCGCCACCGUCUUCGCCGCCCUCCGCUGCCUCGGCUGGAUCCCCGACGCCGCCGUGCCCCCCGCCCCCGCGGAGAGCCUCCGCUUUGACCAGUCCGCCCGCCUGCCUUCCCCAGCCGCCCAGGCCGCCCACUACGCCUGGCUCGCGCAGCGGUACCGCGCCAUCGACGCACGACCGUCGUCGUCCGCGGCGGCCGAUGCGGCCGCUGUUGCCGCGCGCAUGGACCUGUUCCACCUGCCGCACCGGGCGCCCGCGUUCGACGCGGACUCCCUCGCCAAGCUGCUCAACGACGACGACAAGGCGUCGGGGUACUGGGACGGCGUCGCGCGGCGGGUCGCGGUCGCGGAGGCGCGGCGGCGCCUGCGGGAGGCGCGGCGCGGGUUGGCGGAGGGGGUGCGGGCGCUUUUUGCGCCGGUCGUGGACGAUGAUGCGGGUGAUGAUGAUGAUGAUGAUGAUGAUGAUGAUGAUGAUGAUGAUGUUGCGGCGGUGGGUGGGCGGCGGAUGAAGAUGGCGAUGGAGCUGUUGGAGGUGGAGGCGGAGCCGAGGAAGGGCGCUGUCAGGCGCGUGAUUGAAGAGGUGCUGGCGGGGCCGGGGCCGGGGCCGCCGCCGCCGCGCGAUGGGGGAGGGGAUGGGGAAGGGAAGGGGGCUGCUGGGCCUGGGCCUGGGCCUGGGAUGGUCAAGCCGGGGAGGAAGAGGUCGUGGGAGGUGCGUGAGAUGGAGAGUCGGUUGGUGGUGGAUGUGGGGAGUGGCGCGUAUGAGCGUCUGAGGGAAGUCGAUGAGGGGGAGGGGUUGCAUACGCUGCGCCCAGCGGAUCUGGCACCGCUGUUCAAGAACCCGCCCAAGGACCCACGUGCCGCAAACGAGAUGAAGAAGAUGGUGGACGCCGCGGAGCUACACUAUAGGUUGGAGGCGAGGAAGGCGAAGAAGGCGAAGACGACCCCGGAAAAAAGGAAGAGGACGGCGAAUGGUAGGAGCCCUUCGGCGUGGAAGCACUUCGAUGCGUGGAAGCACUCCCGGGCGUGGAAGCACUCCCGGGCGUGGAAGCACUGCCAGGCGUGGCAGUCUUUCGGCGCGUGGAAGUCUUUCGGCGCGUGGACGUGGCUCGUCGGGCCGUGGCCAAAGGCCUUCGAGCCGUCGAAGUUGGUGAGAUAA